AUGAAACAAAAUUCUGAAAUUCAUUUGUGUAAAUUACAUUAGUUUGUCUAUGAUAAAUGGAAUUGGGUGAAUACAGGAUAUAUUCAUUUUAAUUCAAAAGUUCUUAAUUUGAUUUAAUAAAUUAGAAUGAAUUAUUACUAUUAGAGAAGGACACAAAUAUAGAAGUAUUUGCUAUUUCAGUGAAAUAAGAUUAUGAUUUCUUUUUUGAUGGAGGUAAUAGUAUUACCAAAUUGUAGAAGAAGGAAUUCAAUUUCAAUUUAAUGAGUAUUAUGGAUUUAGUUUCUAGAGUAAGGAAGGAGCAUAAAUAGUCUGGAUUAGAAUUCAAAAUAUAUUGAAUGAAGAAGAUAAUAAUUCUAUAUUUUUGACUCCUGUAAAUGAGAAUACUCUACCCGUUAUUCUAGAAACUAUGAAUAAACUAGUCUAAAGUGGUACAUAAACAAAAUAUAUGUUAUCUAAUUACUUACUUAAUAAAAAAGUAAUUAAAUUCAACUAACAAUAGGAUUAUUUUGAAAUUUUAAAUAGCUUAUUCAAUAAAUUAGAAAAAGAACGCAAUCAAAUAUUAUUAAAAAUAAUGUGUUCUAUUAUUAAGAAUGUAAUAAAUAAUAUUUAUCAUUUAGAUUGUAAGUGUUUCUGAAAAUGAACUAUUAUAAAUAAUAUUAAAUGAUUAAAAUUAUUUAUUUAUUUUUGGUGCUUUAGAAUGUAAUUAUUAGUAUUAUUAUUUGUUAGAUGAUGAAGAAAUGAAAAAGAAACAUUUUACUCCACAUAGAUAAUUUUUGUAGAACAACGUGCAAUUUUUAUAAGUAGUCCAAAUUAAGAGUAAAGAACGAUUGAAAAUCAUACAUUUCAUAUAUCGACUGUAGUACUUGCGCGAUUGUGGUUUAGCCUACUACAUCGACGAGUCCCAGUAGAUGUUUAUUAAGAUAGUUUUAAAGUAAUAAAAAUCAUGAUAGAUUAUUAAGAGUUGUUAUGUGGAGCUUUUUAAAUACAUUCAGAAUUCAAAGGAAUUUCUAGUUGAUCUAAUAGAACAAUUACGUAAUUUUAAUUUCUUAGCCUUGAGAUUCUUAAAUGAAAUAUGUUCAGUAUUUAAGGAAUUUUAAGAUGUAAUUAUAUAUAUAGAUAUACUUAUUAAGAUAAAUAAAGCAUUAAUUUACUAGAAAUUAGGUGAGCUUGGAUUAUAUGAGAUUAUUGAAGAUUAUAUUAUAGAUUCACUUUAAGGUUUCUAAAAGUAAAAAACUAAAUUCUAAAAUUUGAAGAUAAAAAUUGAAGUAAAUAUAAAAUAUUAAAAAUAGGAUGAUAUUUUUAUAAAAACAUCUACUAUGAUAUUAGAACUAGUUAUUACAUGUUUAUAACAUUAUCCUUACAAUUUUAAAUAGUAUAUAAUUAGUGAGGAUCAAUAAGUACUCAAAUAUCCACUAUUUAAUUUAAUUGUGGAUCAUGCAUUUGAGAACGAUUUAUAUCUAGAAAUAUUAAAAUUACUUAUAAAUAACACUUAAGAUAAAUAAAAUGAAACAUUAGAUUGUUUUUUGUCAUUCUUUUACCCAAAAAUAUCAUAAUAAAUUUCACAUUAAUCUAAAAUUGAAUAGAAAAUAUAAUUUGUUGAAAUAUCUUUAGGGUUAUCCAGAAACUUUAAAAUAUCUGUAAAGGAAGUAUUGAUUUUAAAUUAAAUUACUUUGAAAAUUGGAUAUAUAUUGUAAGAAAAGAAUAAAAUUUUAUAAAUGAAGUGUUUAUAGUUUUUUAAAAUUUUAAUUUUAUAAAGAGAUGAUGAUAUAAAUAAAGAAAUUAUAAUGGCUUUGCCAAAUUUGAUAUCACCCUUAUUAUAAUAUAGAGGAAUAAGAAAAAAUUUAAUAUUUUCAUAAUUUAUGGAGAUAAUUAAGAUCAUUUAUGAAGGGGGCAAUUAAAAUAUAAUUAUAUCAAUAGUAAUAAUUCUAUUUUUAUUAUUUUAGGAAUAACAACUAAAAUUAUGGGAGAAUCAUUCUAAUUAUUAAAAAGUUCAUGAAAUUUUCAAAUUAAUUAAGUGUAACUGUAUGAAAUAAGAAUUUUGUAACAAAUCUGUUGAUUCUAAAUCAUAAUAAUAGAAAAAUGAUUAUAAUGUGAUUGAUAAUGAAAUUGAUUUAUUUAAAUCUGUAUAAGAUCAUAGUUCAAAUUUGACUAAUUAGACAUAAAAAAGAUUAGUUGAAUAUGAUAAUGAGGAUAUUGAAAUAAUUUCUAAGAAGAACAAAUUAGAUUGA